UACAUUACUCAAAAAAAUCAAGAAUCAGCUAAAAAAAGUAUUAUGGAAAAAUCACAUGAGAAUGAACACCCAAUUAAGGCAUUUGGAUGGGCAGCUAGAGAUACUUCUGGGGUACUUUCUCCUCUCAAUUUUUCAAGAAGGGAGACAGGUGAAAAAGAUGUGCAAUUCAAAGUUAUGUAUUGUGGAAUUUGUCAUACUGAUCUUCAUCAAAUCAAGAAUGAAUGGGGCAUCACCAAAUAUCCAAUUAUACCGGGGCAUGAAAUUGUUGGAGUGGUAACUGAGGUUGGUAACAAGGUAGACAAGUUCAAAAUCGGAGACAAAAUAGGCGUUGGAUAUCUAGUAGGAUCAUGUAACGAAUGUGAAAAUUGUACAAACGAUCUCGAAAAUUACUGUCCUGGACAGGUAUUGACAGCCAAUGGUACUCACUCUGAUGGAACCAUCACUCACGGUGGUUACUCCGAUCUCAUGGUUGUCAACGAGCAUUUUAUUGUUCGUUGGCCUGAUAAUUUGCCAAUGGAAGCGGCUCCCCUGUUAUGUGCAGGGGUCACAACUUAUAGCCCUUUGAGAUAUUACGGACUAGAUAAACCUGGAAUGCACAUUGGUGUUGUUGGUCUUGGCGGACUUGGACAUAUGGCUGUGAAAUUUGCCAAGGCAUUUGGGACCAAAGUUACUGUCAUUAGUACAUCUAUCAGUAAAAAAGAUGAGGCAAUUGAACGUUUAGGAGCAGACUCAUUUUUGGUUAGUCGUGAUCCUGAACAAAUGCAGGCUGCAGGGGGUUCACUUGAUGGAAUCAUUGACACUGUUUCCGCGGUUCAUCCUAUUUUUCCUUUGCUUAAUUUAUUGAAAACUAAUGGGAAGCUAGUGAUGGUUGGUGCCCCAGAAAAACCACUAGAGUUGCCGGUAUUUCCAUUGCUUUUAGGUACAUUUCGCUAUGUAAUGUGGAAAACAGGACGGAAACUAGUGGGAGGGAGUGCGAUAGGAGGGGUGAAGGAGGUGCAAGAGAUGGUAAACUUCGCGGAGAAGCAUAACAUAACGCCAGAUGUUGAAGUCGUGUCAAUGGAGUACGUGAAUAGAGCAGUGGAACGUCUUGUGAAAUCGGACGUGAAGUAUCGUUUUGUUCUUGACAUUGGCAAUACUUUGAAGAAGAGUUAA